AUGGUCCCUUUUGACCUUGAGGCAGAUAGGCUGAGAAGGUCAUAUCUCCGGCGACGGCAGAUUAUUGCGGAUAAUGGAGUGUUGCUCCCUCGCGAGAGGGACAAUAUAAUAAAAGUUGAGCGUCAGCGUUCGCUAUGGAGAUGGCGUGAGCAACUCGUGCAGUUGCCUGCGAGCGGUCCCGGAGCGUUGGUGCGUGGCGCGGUAGCGGAACACCUGGAGAGGUGGGUAGACAGGGGGCACGGGGCUCUCACUUACCGCACCACUCAGGUUUUGACCGGACAUGGGGUGUUCGAGUCUUAUCUAUUCAGGAUAGGACAACGGGUCUCCCCAAUUUGUAAUUAUUGCCGCGCAGCAGCGGACACGUCGAUGCACACCCUCCUGUUCUGUCCGGCCUGGGCAGAACAGAGAGGAGAGAUUCUGGAGAUAAUAGGGGUCGAUAGGACCUACGGGGCGGUGGUGAGGGCCAUCGUGCUCUCUGAAAAAGUCUGGGCCGUCUUCAUGACCUUCUGCGAGAGGGUCAUGAGGAAGAAGGAGGAGGACGAGCGCGCCCGUGAACGGGGGAUUAUCCGGGCACCCGUGGACGCGUUAGUUCCUCAAGCGGACACGUCGGACAGGGAGGAGUAA